GUGCAUUGUAAUUUCCUUUUAAAAAAAAAGAAAUAAAUCAUUCGCUCUUAACUUGUGUGUAGAAGCCAUGAGUUUCAUUAAAGAAAAACACAAAUACUUGAACAUGAAUCUGACGGAAAAACGAAAGGAGUAUUGUUGCAAAUCCAGUUAUGUAACUGUCAAUGAUAUUCCAACUUGGAGUGAAUAUUCCAGAUAUAUAAAAACCACACAACCUUACGAAGCUUCAGAGUACAUGAAAGAUGAAAGUCUGAAUGACAAAGUUUCUAUCUUUGUCGGUGACAUCACAGUUUUAGAAGUGGAUGCAAUAGUAAAUUCUUCAAAGAAAACGCUUCUUUGUAGCACCGUUAAGAAAGGAGACCCAAGCGAAACCACAAAGAUGAUCAACGAAGAUAUCCAUAGGGCAGCUGGAUCAUCGCUUUUUGCUGAAUGUAUUUCUUUGAACAGCUGUGAACAAGGCGAAGCCAAAAUUACCGGAGGUUAUAAAUUACCAGCAAAACAUGUUAUUCAUACGGUAGGCCCUAUUGGAUUGAGGCCCGAUAUGCUGAGAAAGUGCUAUUUGAGCUGCUUAAACCUAGCGACAGAAAAAAGAUUGAAAUCCAUUGCGCUCCCCUGCAUUUCCACAGGCCAUUGCGGGUACCCCAACCGGAGUGCAGCUAUAAUUGCGCUUACAACUGUCAGAGAGUUCCUUGAAAUGAACGCAAUAAAAAUGGAUAGAAUCAUUUUCUGUCUAUUCGAUUCAAUCGAUGUAGGAAUAUACGAACGCUUGAUGCCAGAAUACUUUCCUGUAUAAUCAUUCAAAUUUCGCUCUGUUUGCUAAAGUGAAGAAGGUAUCUGCAUCAGUUCAAUAAAGAAGGAUUUUUUUUAAAAAAAUUAUUUUGCUAUGUUUUUAAAAUAGAUUUUUAUUGCAAAUGAUCAUUCAUGUAAAAUAUUUAAAUGAGUAUUUAUAUUAUAAAUAUUCGAUAUUUGUUUUCACCAUAAAGGGGAACGGGAGGAAGUGUGUCUGUCUGUC